AUGCCCACGCAGGGCGAGCCUGGUGUUGCCAAUUUGGCAAUGCCAAAGGCUUCCCAUAACGUUACCAUCGAUGCCUCGGAAACCCAGACUGGUACUCCAGAUACCUUUCAAGCGGUAGUGAUCCGUAAGACGGAUAUCCCAGCGACUCCUCCACCACCACCUCAGCCGGAUCGAACGGCAAGCGGUGGCGCGCUUAAUACCGCAGCGACCGGCACGUCUUCAAAUACAAUUACUGUCUCGACCAUGACCGACGGUAAUACUUUAAUGGGGCAGGCAGCACCCUCUAGACCGAGCGGAAACUCGGUCAUGGCGUCAGGUGGAUCUAGUCAGGACAACGCACUCGACCCGCCAGCGUCUACUGGAUCUACAUCAAAGACAACAGCGACUCCGAGAGUCUCCGGCACUUCCGAGGGCACUUUUAGGGAUGUGAUCGGUAGCUCAAAAAUCAUAAAUACCGGCAGCAGCAAUGUGGAGAAUGGUGCCGGCUCCCACAACGAGAUUGUUUUAAACUCGAGUUCGAGUAGCUUGGACAAGGUGCAAAGUAUUAGCAACGGCGAAAGCAAUGACCUCAGUUCAUCCUCAGGCGGAGCAUCCACUGCAAUCGGAAGCGAGGGUAACGGUAAAUCAAGUGGAUCCGACGACAACGCAGGCACUCGUGUAGCUGGCUGUUUCGCUUCUGCCUUCGCCAUUCUCAUGAUCACUGUUUGUGCAACUACAUGA